AGCCUGCUGUUUAUUUCAAGGUAGGCUGUCCAAUUCAACUCCAACCCAUGACUGGUAUCUCCGAUGGCCUGUACCUCGAUGCGUCUGACCUUGGGAUGUCGCCAGAUGCUGAGGGCUACCAUGAAUUCUUGGAGGACAUCGGCAGCGCGCCGCCGUGGACUUUGCAGACGCUGCAAGGCUACUUCGACCGUCGCUAUGCAGGUUGGGAUGAUCCGCCCAAGCUGCAGCUGGGCUCGCCUGUGCGUCGCUUGCAGUACCUGGACCAGGCACUGAGAUCUGCUGACCCGAAUCUGGACGAGCCCUUGCGGGUGCUGGAUGAGGAGGUCAAGAAUGCUCUUCUGCGGACUCUGCUGAAGAAGGAGGAUGGCCUGAGCGAUGAAGUCAGCUUUCUCAUACUGCUUGUUGGCGAGCUUGGCGCUCACCUUUACGACGAGCGAGAGCAUCGCAAAAACGACAGGCACCAAGCAGAGCAGGCUGCACUGCUGGCUGCUGAGAGCAACCGCGCAGCCUUGGAGGAGCAGCGUGACCGCGCGCAGCAGCAGGUGGAGGAGCUGAACCUGGAGGCAGAGGCCCAGCGCCUGAAGACGGAGAGGUUGCAGCAAGAGCUGCUAUUUCUGAAGGGCGCAGCGGAGAGCGGGGAAGAAAUGGCGAUGGAGGUGCAAGAGCUUCGCGCCCACAGCCUGAGGCUCUCCUCGGAGCUGGAGCAGCUGGCCGUGGACCUGCGGGAGGCCAAGGCGGCCAAGGCGGCCUUGGUGGUGGCCCACGAGGAGAGCGAGGGCGCUUUGGACGAGCUCUCCCGAAGGCUGCAACACGCACAGCUGGGAGGCACGGUCAGUGAGGAUGCUGCAAAGUUGCAGGUAGCCCAGGUCAAAAAGCAGGUUAGCAGCAGAUGGCUGGAAGCUGCCGCAACGAAGUUCACCGUGCAACAGCCAGAGAAGCUGCUGCGCAGCACCUUCCUUGGUUGGCGGCUGGCUCGCUUGGAGGCCAAGCUGGCGGGCCUCAGCGAGGAAUCUUUGCAGGUGGAGCUCAGCUUGACGCACGCCACCGGCUGCAAGGUGGAGGGCUGCUGCUGCCGCCGACAGGCUGGACUGGCGCCCUGCUGCCGGAAGGCGCAAGUUGCCAGCCUGCAGGAGGCUUUGGAGAAAGCGCGGCUACAGCCAGCAGGGCCAGCGAAGGCAAGAGGAGGAAAGGUGGUCUCAGCACUGGUGCCUGUGUUGAUGGCUGCCAUUGCCCUGCACUACGAGCCCUACAUGAGUGGCGGCUUCUAAGACGUUUGGUGUCAAGUUCCAGAGCAAUUCUGAUGUUAUUUCGAGUACUUUGCGGGGCCAUCAGCAAAGUGUACAUAACAUAUCCAAAUCAUCACAAUCAUCAUAUUGAAUUCAAUGAAAUUGGAACGGGU